AUGAAGAAAAAGGUUUUAGAAUUUCUAAUCAUACAACUUCAGGGUGAACAGUCAGAAAGAUCUUCCAUGCUCGAAGGAACAAUUGUGAUUUCUUUGAACAUUCAAGAUUCUCCCCAGCGUGUGAACCAGUCGUACUGUGCUGCAAUUAUUGCCGCAAAAGGGGAUUUAUGCCACAAACUCCUCAAUGACUUAACAUUCAGAGGUAAAUACUUUAACCUUAUUUCAGAUUUUAAAAUAGAAAGUGUACUGCCUUUCUGCCAGAGAGGUGUCCUGCAUGGAAGUGGAUGUUCUCAUGAAUCUCUACCUACUAUGCCUUUUCAGCUUUCCUUUCAGUUGUAUGAGAAAUCUGAAGUCCUGAAGGAAGACAGCAUCGCAUUGAAACAGUUCGUCCAUAGGAUCAGCCUCGUGCACACAACAAUCACGUUCCAUUACUGUGUAAAAGUUAACGGCAACAUCUCUGCUGAGACAUAUAGGUCAGAAUUCAGGGCUGUAGUCCCAUCCUGUGAUAAAAUCCACCUUGUGACUGGUGAACGAGUCAAUCUGUUCAUCCCAGAUGAAUUAGUAGAAAGAGGUUUCACAGGUGCAUUGAGUCUUACACCUGCGGCGUCCCUGUGUCCCUGUCAGAAAUCUUUCCCUAACCAGCCUGCGAAGAUCAUUGCUGCCUCUCCAACAAUAUAUAUAUUUCUUUAUGAUCCAGUUGGGCUGCCCAUAUUGUUUUCUGCAGAGGAAGUCUCGUAUUCUUUCUUUGAAGAUCCUUCACGCUUAGCAUCAUGGGGCAAAUACGCCUACCAAGCCACCCCAAAUUCAGCUGCAUGUUGCAAAACAGAUACAGCGAGACCUGAAAUCCAAUUUAACCUUCAAACCAGCGACCAGCAGGAUUCAGAGAUCCAGGAACAGACACUGCUGCUCUUCCUUUUUCUUGGUUAUACCGAUCCGUUUCAGGACAAGCCAAUAUUCACUUUCUGGAACCGGCGAAUGAUUCUGUCGCAUCUCUCGCCUAUCCUCUUCUGCAGUGAGCAGGCUGUGAAAAGGGCCACCCAAGAACUGGUGAAUGAUGUCCUACAUCAACACUACAGACUAUUCCAGGAGCAGCAGAAGCUGGCAUGUUCUUUACCCAUCAUGGCAUCUGCCAUUUCCAGAAUAGUCUCAAGCAGCACCGAUGGCGACUUCCGACGGAAGUGUCUCCAUACCUUGCAGGUCGCAGACACUCAAGAAUUCCAGGAAACCAUCAGAGAGACUUUUAACAAAGUCAUUCUUAAGCAGUGGAAGCCCAGUAACGCCUGUGAGAUCAAAAAGCCACUGCCUAGAAAGUGUAAGACAAGGCCACUAACUGCCAAAAUUCCCUCAUCCUCCAUUCAUCAGAAAACGUCGUGUUCCUUUGUUAGCUGUUCAGGAUUGGAGCCAGAGGAAGGAACCAGCGAGAGAGAAGGAUUUCGGUUUGAUAGCUCAGAGUUUGACAAAAUAAGCACAACCAAGAAGAGAAAACCAGCAAACAGGAGGAUUCCCACGGAAGAGGAUUCAGAAGACCUUAACCUCUCUGGUGAAGCAAAGAACAAGGAACCCAAAGGAAGCCUCCCAAGGAGACCAGAAGCCACUUCAACCUCUGCCUUUUCAUCUUCUUCUAAGAGCGAGAGGGAUAUUUUCCCAGACAAAAGUCAAGGAGAUGAUGGCGUCACCGGAGCUGCCAGGAGCAAAAGUCUGUGCCAGGAGGAGGACUUUUGGGCUCAGGAGGUCUUCAACAUGGGCCAGUGGACCUCCUGAAACGGCCACUCCUGUUCACCUAACGGAAUUCCCAGGUUUUGGGGCGUGUCUGGGGCGAGGCAAUAAAUG